UCGCCGAGCCUGGAGUUUCUGGUCCCUUUUGGCUUUCCGUUCCGCCGGCCUCCGGCUGACGGAAGAAGCCGAGGCCGCCAUAUUGAAUAAGUGGCCGGGUGUUUGAGAGGGGUCAACGUGAGCCCAAAGCGUCUUCCGAGCAGCCUCGACUCCUCCGGGGAGAAGGUUCUAGAGAUCCAGUUCAUGUGCAAUAAGAUCAUGCAUCACACAUAACCGUUCACGCACGAAUUCAGAGUAUGAAAAAGAUGAGACGUCCGUUUCUGGCUUGAACUCUGGGCUUGGGCACUGUGUGCUCUUCAGCUCAAGCAAUAUGUUACGGAUACCGGUCAGAAGGGCCUUAGUGGGCCUUUCCAAUUCUCCGAAAGGAUAUGGGUCAGUUCGAACAACUGCAACAGCAGCAAGCAACUUGAUUGAAGUAUUUGUUGAUGGUCAGUCUGUGAUGGUAGAACCUGGAACUACUGUCCUUCAAGCUUGUGAGAAGGUUGGCAUGCAGAUCCCUCGAUUCUGCUAUCAUGAAAGGUUAUCUGUUGCUGGAAACUGCCGGAUGUGCCUGGUUGAAAUUGAGAAGGCUCCCAAGGUUGUAGCUGCUUGUGCUAUGCCAGUAAUGAAAGGUUGGAAUAUCCUGACAAACUCAGAAAAAACUAAGAAAGCCAGAGAAGGUGUGAUGGAGUUCUUACUAGCAAAUCAUCCUUUGGACUGUCCUAUUUGUGACCAGGGUGGAGAAUGUGAUCUGCAGGACCAGUCCAUGAUGUUUGGAAGUGAUCGAAGCCGGUUUUUAGAGGGGAAACGUGCAGUAGAAGACAAGAACAUCGGGCCAUUGGUAAAGACCAUUAUGACUAGGUGCAUUCAGUGUACCCGGUGCAUCAGGUUUGCGAGUGAGAUUGCAGGAGUAGAUGAUUUGGGAACAACAGGCAGAGGAAAUGAAAUGCAAGUUGGAACAUACGUAGAGAAGAUGUUUAUGUCUGAAUUAUCUGGGAAUGUUAUUGAUAUCUGCCCCGUGGGUGCCCUAACCUCUAAGCCCUAUGCCUUUACUGCCCGACCUUGGGAAACAAGAAAGACAGAAUCCAUUGAUGUAAUGGAUGCAAUUGGAAGUAAUAUUAUAGUGAGCACGAGAACUGGAGAGGUGAUGAGGAUUUUGCCACGGAUGCAUGAGGACAUCAAUGAAGAAUGGAUCUCUGAUAAAACCCGAUUUGCCUAUGAUGGGCUGAAACGUCAAAGACUUACUGAGCCAAUGGUCAGAAAUGAAAGAGGGCUUUUAACCUAUACCUCCUGGGAGGAUGCACUCUCUCGUGUAGCUGGAAUGUUGCAGAGCUUUCAAGGUAAAGAGGUGGCAGCAAUUGCCGGUGGUUUGGUGGAUGCUGAAGCCCUGGUAGCUCUGAAAGAUAUACUGAAUAGAGUGGAUUCUGACAUCUUAUGUACUGAAGAGAUCUUCCCCACUGCAGGAGCUGGUACGGAUUUGCGUUCCAAUUACCUCCUAAAUACAACAAUUGCUGGUGUGGAAGAAGCAGAUGUAAUCCUUCUGGUUGGUACAAAUCCACGUUUUGAAGCACCACUAUUUAAUGCUAGAAUUCGAAAGAGCUGGCUUCAUAAUGAUUUAAAAGUGGCCCUCAUAGGCAGUCCAGUGGACCUCACUUAUACAUAUGAUCACCUGGGAGACUCCCCCCAAAUUCUGCAGGACAUUGCUUCGGGCAGCCAUUCAUUCAGCCAGGUGAUCUCAAGUUAUAUGUGUCUACCAUUAUUGUUCUUUAUUUUAAAAAUAUUGCUAUUUUUUAAGUUUACUAGCUUUGUAAUAACAGAAUGGUUAUGAUUAGAAGUUUUAACAAGGAUUGCGAGCCAGGUAGCUGCUUUAGACCUUGGUUAUAAACCUGGGGUAGAAGCAAUUCGCAAGCACCCUCCCAAAAUGCUGUUUCUGCUGGGAGCAGAUGGAGGUUGUAUCACACGACAGGACUUACCAAAAGAUUGCUUCAUUGUUUAUCAAGGACAUCAUGGUGAUGUUGGAGCGCCCAUAGCAGAUGUUAUUUUCCCAGGAGCUGCUUACACAGAGAAGUCUGCUACAUAUGUUAAUACUGAGGGCAGAGCUCAGCAGACUAAAGUAGCAGUGACACCACCCGGCUUGGCUAGAGAAGACUGGAAAAUCCUAAGAGCUCUCUCUGAGAUUGCUGGUAUGACUCUUCCUUAUGAGACUCUGGAUCAAGUGAGGAGCCGAUUGGAAGAGGUCUCUCCAAAUCUUGUUCGAUAUGAUGAUGUUGAAGGAGCUAAUUACUUUCAGCAAGCAAAUGAGCUCUCCAAGCUAGUGAACCAGCAACUGCUUGCUGAUCCCCUGGUUCCACCUCAGCUAACUAUAAAAGACUUCUACAUGACAGAUUCAAUUAGCAGAGCCUCACAGACAAUGGCCAAGUGUGUCAAAGCUGUCACAGAGGGUGCCCAGGCAGUAGAGGAGCCAUCCAUAUGCUGAAAGAUCUAUUUGGAACCCAGCUUUGGUACAGAUACCGAAUGGACAGUUAUAUUGGAGUAUCUCAUAAACCUUAUCUCUUUCAAAAAAAUGACAUAAUAUUUAAGGCUAUGCAUACCUUGCUUGUUUGAAAAUAAUAUUGCAAUUAUCAAAGAACUUGUCAGCUUCAAAUUUGUAUAUUGUGUGUAAAUGUUUGAUAAAACUGAUGUGUAGGGGCUGGAGAUGUAGGCCAAUUCAGUGGUAGAGUAUUUGUCUAGCAUGCAUAUGAGGCCCUGGGUUUAAUCCCCAGCACUGAAAAAAAUCUGUAUACAUUUACUCUUUCCUGUAAAAGUGGUGAUAAGCUUUGUGAUAAAUACAAAGAAAACCUUAAAAUGUGAA